CUCCUUUGUCACACUAAACCCAAAGAGAUAAUCGGGGCAAUGCCCAGCCGGGCAUCUGGGAAGGAUCGGGGAACCCACAUGGUCCCCGAAGGGGAAGACAUAAACCCCGAUCAGAGAGGGCAUCCAAUCACGGGCUUUCCUGCCAAUUCUUGCUGCAUCCUGUAUGUACCCUUCCUUUCACAUUCACCACCACUUUCUCCCUCACCCCUCCCCUCUUUCAAAUUCUCCACCUCCAUCAGAUACCGCGCGACGUCAUGGGUCUACCCAUCUACUCCAUACUAGCUAGCUAACGAUGGAGUCCUUGGACUGGGUA